AUGGAUUCUGUCGGCGAUCCCUCGGCUCCUCCCAACCCUCCCCCUGGCCCUGGGUCCAGUGCCAAUGGUUUUACCAGCCGCCAGCGUAAGCGGUUGAAGGAGAAGCGUCGCCGGCUAAGAAAGGCAAGUCCCAAGGAAGCAACAAAGGCCGCCAAAGAGCGUAUCGCCCGCCUGGCUGAGCUCUACUCACGCACCGUACAGGCGCAGGCUGAGCUUGUGGCUGCCAUCUAUGCUGAUCCUGGUGUGGCUAGCGGUGGUAUGGUUGGCAUGGGCCGUGAUGGUGGUCAAGAUGGUGCUCUCCAUGGCGCCACUACGGGCGCACCGUCGCUCGCUACUCCCGGCCCCGCCAGCACCGUCGGGGCCUCCCGCACCCCCGAUACCCACAGUGACCCCCCUCGCACAGCGAGAGCCGGCCCGCGAGCAACGAAACCCUCCCCUUGCCUACAACACCCCUCAUUGGGCUCACACGCCCGGACUCGCCCUAUGUCAGCACCCUUGUGGUAA